AUGAUGUCGGACUCACACGACUCUUACUAUCCGAUAGCAGUUUUGAUCGAGGAAUUGAAAAAUGAAGAUGUACAGUUUCGACUGAAUAGCAUUAAGCAGCUGCAAACCAUAGCGGUUGCCCUUGGACCAGAGAAGACCCGAACUCAGUUAAUUCCGUUCCUCAUUGAUAUGAUUUAUGAUGAAGAUGAAAUCUUGCUUGCGCUGGCUGAGCAAAUGGGCAACCUUGUUCCCUAUGUGGGCGGACCUGAGCAUGCUUCAUCCUUGUUGGCUCCCUUAGAGAAUUUGGUUUCAGUGAGUUUGUUUUAUUUUCUUGUGAUUUUUGUUUCAUUGUAUUCCACGAAUUUGUAG